AUGCCAGCAUUGAAGAUCCCACUUUUCAAAAUGAAGGACAUGAUACUGAUCCUGUGCCUCCUGAAAAUGAGUUCUGCAGUGCCGGUGUUUCCUCAGCAACCUGGGACACCAGGCAUGGCUAGUUUGAGCCUUGAGACAAUGAGACAGUUGGGAAGUUUGCAGGGAUUAAACAUGCUUUCUCAGUAUUCAAGAUUUGGCUUUGGGAAAUCAUUUAAUUCUUUGUGGAUGCAUGGUCUCCUGCCACCACAUUCCUCUUUCCCGUGGAUGAGACCAAGGGAGCAUGAAACUCAACAGUAUGAAUAUUCUUUGCCUGUGCAUCCCCCACCUCUCCCAUCGCAGCCAUCCCUGCAGCCUCCACAGCCAGGACAGAAACCUUUCCUCCAGCCCACCGUUGUAACCUCCGUCCACAACACAGUCCAGAAGGGAAUACCUCAGCCUCCGAUUUACCCAGGACAUCCACCCUUGCAGCAAUCAGAGGGGCCAAUGAUUCAACAGGUGGCAGCAUCAGAAAAGCCACCUAAGACCGAGUUGCCAGGAAUGAAUUUUGCUGAUCCACAAGAUCCAUCGAUAUUUCCAAUAGCCCGUUUGAUAUCUCGGGGACCAAUGCCACAAAAUAAACCACCUCCACUUUAUCCAGGAAUAUUUUACAUGUCCUACGGAGCAAAUCAAUUGAACGCUCCUGCCAGACUUGGCAUCAUGAGCUCAGAAGAAAUGGCUGGAGGAAGAGGAGGCCCCAUGGCCUAUGGAGCCAUGUUCCUGGGAUUUGGAGGCAUGAGGCCCGGCCUUGGAGGGAUGCCCCCCAAUCCAGCCAUGGGCGGGGACUUUACUCUGGAAUUUGACUCCCCAGUCGCUGGAACCAAAGGCCCGGAGAAGGGAGAAGGAGGUGCACAAGAACCCCCUGUGCCGGAGGCCAACCCAGCCGACCCGGAAAACCCAGCUCUCCUUUCAGAGCUAGCACCUGGUGCCCUCGGAGGGCUUCUUGCUAAUCCUAAAGGCAAUAUCCCCAACCUAGCAAGAGGCCCUGCAGGGCAGAGCAGGGGACCCCUCAGGGUCACCCCAGCAGCCGCAGACCCACUGAUGACCCCUGGAUUAGCUGAUGUUUAUGAGACCUACAGUGCUGAUGAGACCACAACUCUGGGUCUCCAGGAAGAAACCACCAUGGAUUCCACAGUGACCCCUGACAGUCAGCACACAUCGAUGCCAGGAAACAAGGCCCAGCAGCCCCAGAUUAAGCAUGAUGCAUGGCAUUUCCAAGAGCCCUGAGAGCCUUGAGAUAUUGGCUACUUUCUGUAUGCACAAGC